AAUUGCUCUCAUCUCACAAGGGCUUGGACCUUCCCGGAAGAUGCCCAAUUCCCUUUAUAUCUUCCUGUGCUUACACUUAUCGUAAUACAGGAAAACAAACGCGACUCAAAACUCCAACGCUAGCUUGUAGCCAACAACCGACAUUGUUACUUAAUUUGACUAAAUCGUAUUGAACUAUUGACAAAAGUGUCUGUAAAGUGACACUUGAACGCGUUUACUAAACAUUAACUUUAGCCGAACCGUCGCUUAGAUACCAGUUUGUUUAACGUUUAACUAAAUUACAGUGCAAAAAUGAAUAGCUAUUCCUUGACGUUGGAUUACACGUAGGCUAAAUAUCGAUUAAGAAUGAAGUAUUUAUUGCUAAUUUUAUUACUUUUUAGCAUGACAAUAAACAACUUUUUUUCGUUCCUCGACGCUUAUUGCUCUAUUGUGAACAUCCAGUGAUUCCUCUGGUCUUACUACUACCAGGCUACAGCCAAACUUUGGUACCGGGCCAAUCAUUUCCCAGGAAAAUGUGACUGCUAGGAAUUCCCCACGCAUCAGUCAGCCCCUGUCUGUCGGAGAAAACUGCAACCUUGUGUCGGGAAGCCCACGAAAGCAGCAGGAGGGUAAAGCUGACCGGUGACUCUACGAUGAUGGAGCUAUAGCACAGUUUGUCUCCAUCUCGCACCACCAGGGAUAAUAAUGUGUUUCUAACGUCGCCGUGUUUUCAUGAGGACAGCCACUAACUGCCUGUAUAAAGCCAGGGGAUAUGCUGUGCUGAUGACAACUUCUACCAGGGUGUAGAUGCUCCAGGCGCAGCGGGACCCAGCCUCCGUGUCAGAGAGGGACGAGGCUGCUCCCACCUGGGCCACAUCACUCCUCUGAAACUCUGCUCGUGGUCGCUAACCCGCCCAGAUUAGAGAACAGGAGGACAACGACAGGGAAGCCAUUUUGUGAGGUGAAGCUGAGGAGCCAGGAUAUUUUCGGCAGCUCGCUGCCCUCUGAACUGACCAUGACGACUGCAGUGCAGCCCAGUGAACUGGUGUUUGAAUUUGCCAGCAACGGGAUGGACGAAAUCAAUCAGGUUUGCAGUUAUCUAAUCCCCACAACCGUGUCUGAAUCCUGUGGAGCAGGAUUGAUUCUGGAUGACCCGUCAGUAUUCCCAGCGGUGAUUGUUGAGCAGGUGCCUGCAGCCGAUCUGCUGCAGGUCUACUCAGGCCUGGAGUCCGACGAGGUGACCAACGGCAUCAUGGUGGACACCACUCUUCACAUCGUGGAGGAGCCUUCCAUCUUGGUGGGAGGGGUCGACCUCUCAGAAACUUCAGUGUCUGGCCCAGAAGACAGCAUGGAGACGAACGAAGCUGCAGCAGCUCUGCUCAACAUGGAGUCUCCAAACAACAUCUUGGACGAGAAGCGUAUGAUUCACACCUACGGCACUCUGCUGGAGUCAGACUUGACAUACGCUCCUCUGAGGCCUGACCAGAUGGAUAACGAUGCCCUUGACAUGUCCCUAGAUGAGGACACAUCAUCCAUGGAUGAGAUACCCCAAAAAUGUGCCUUAAAACCUCAGAAGAAAACCAAAGUGCGGAAGCCGCGGGCAGUGCGACCCUGCUCUCCUAUCACCACCCCUAACCUGCCACUCAGGAAGAAGAGCAAAGAGGGCAAAGGCACCACGAUCUACCUUUGGGAAUUCCUUCUGGCUUUACUGCAGGAUAAGAACACCUGUCCCAAAUACAUCAAGUGGACACAGCGGGAGAAAGGCAUCUUUAAGCUGGUGGACUCCAAGGCUGUUUCAAAGCUGUGGGGCAAACACAAGAACAAGCCUGACAUGAACUACGAGACUAUGGGAAGAGCUCUCAGGUACUACUAUCAGAGAGGCAUUCUGGCGAAAGUGGAGGGUCAGCGGCUGGUCUACCAGUUUAAGGAGAUGCCGACCGAUCUGGUGGUGAUCGAGGACGAAGACGCAGGCUCUGAUGCCAACGUCGGCUACGGGAAUCAGAGAUCUAACAACGGGCGGUCUAUGGUCCGCGGAGGGUCCAAAGGGCACGGGAGGGCUCAUGGUCACCACCAAGUCUCAAUGAAGCACAUGAAGAAGGAGCCCAUUGAUGAAUAUCUUUACCAGGAAGUGAAUGGCGGACAGACUGAGCAGCUCCUUCACUCUGUCCAUAUGUUGCAUGCCAACCAGGGGUCAGCUAUCCAAGAUCAAGCUAUGAGGGUUCCUACUUCAGUUCCUAUGGUGCUGACAUCUCCCGGCUCUCUUCAUUCCAUUCCCCUCACCACUGUUAUGGCCAACGGGGAGUCCUGCCACUCCUCCCCCCCCCGGGUUAUUCUCCAUACCAUGCCCUCUGCCACAGCAGGCGGAAAAGAUGUGCUCACCAUCCAGACGGCAUCUUUCACAGGUGGAGCACACAGCCUGCAGGAUGGCCUCCCUCACCACCUCCUGGUCACCAGUCUGGGCUCCUCCACCUCUUCCUGUUGCACUUCCCCUCCAGGUUUCAUUAGUUCCACCCAUUCCAACGUCAACGGCCUCCCUCGCCUGGUAACCAUCAACACAACCUGCGGGCAGACCAUGGUGGCACAGCAGCCCGGCACCGUAAUCGCCACUGUGCUCAAAUCCAGCGACUUCUCGGGGAUGCAGGUCAAAGAGGAGAUGCUGGACCCCAGCUACUUCCAUUCGAUGGUGAACGGCGAUCCAUCACUGGCGUCAAAUACGUUUGACAAAGAAGAGAUUGAGAUAGGGGAAGCAGAGCUGCAGUACAGGACUGUGAUCAUUGAUACCAGUCACCAUGAUGCUGUGAGUGAAACUAUAAUUAAUGGACAUUUCUCCCAGAGCAGCAGCCCCGGUGAGGGCCUGACCCCUGUAGAGGAGCUGGAAGUGCGUGGGGAGAUGUCCCUGCAGCCUGAGCAGGGAAUCAAAUGCCUGCAGGAGCUGCCACUGUCUGUCCAAUUGCCUGCAAACUUUAUCCAGAUAAAGACAGAGUCUGCAGAGGCUUAGGGCUGCAGGACACUAGCUAAACCAAAAACAACAAUUGAAUCCAUUUUGACAACAGACUUAGUGUUUUAUUUCGUACCACAUUGAUCUGAUCAAAGAUCAGAGUGAGGGAUCUUGCAGCAUUUUGCUCUUAGGUUGGUCAGUUCAGCCUCAGGAUUUAUUGUUUACUCACAUAUGUUGUGACCAUGUGCCUAAUUUCAAAAAUCAAGGGAGUGUUUCGUUUUCUUAAGAAGCCACUUUUCAGAUUUGGGAUUAUUUUCCAUAGCAAUUAACCCCAACACACACACGCACGCACGCACGCACGCACGCACACACACACACGCACACGCACGCACGCACAC